AUGCCAGCAAACCAUCAGAAUGUCGCAGGGCCAGUGCCGACUUCGGCAGCUCCUGAACCUGGCGCCGACAUCAAGCCAGAAGUCAGCCCAAAUUCCCAGACCAUAGCUGAGAAGCCAAUUUUGGUAGCCGAAGACACGCAUUGUCCCAAAAAGAGGAGCGCCGUCUCCGAGGAACCAGUGCCAGAGAUGGAGGAGACGGGAACUGAAACAGAGGUUGGAGUCAAGUUCCCUAUGGCACGAAAUAAGGAAGGUCCUCAACUCGUCAGGACUCACUGCAUCAUGGCUCAAGCCAUGAAUCUUCAUCCGGAGAUAAUGAUUCGGGGUCGAAGUGGUGAACCGACAUCCAUCACACUCCCGGACGUGGAGUAUUCCGACCCUGUAACUCGCCAGGGUAUCCUUCGUCAGUUCGAGUACCUGACCAACCGUCUUUUCCCUAAAGAGCAUUAUGUCGAGGGACAGAUGGCAGACCAGGUUGCUGCCAAAGAGGAGACAAAGGCCGGGGCAGACGGGGAAGGCUGCGCUCUUGCGGCUGACACUCAAUCCACCAGUGAGCCUGCCGUCUCAUCUGGUGCCAACAAGGCUGUGCUGCCAAAUUCCCUUGUUCAUGGCCAACGACCGAACAUCUUCAAGCGCGGCCCUCCGACCAACGAUGAGGAACGCAUGCUCCUUAAGUUCUAUGUGGAGCUUUUCCUUGACCAUUUCCGAAAAUUUGAAGCAAUGACGGAUUGUAUGAGAGAAGUCAACAACACAUUUCGCCCCGCAACGUUGGCCGAUAAGCAAUACACAAGCAUCGAGGACUUUCUCAAAGGUUAUAAAAGGACACUCGAGUACUGGACGAUUUACCUUCCUGACGUGCGAGAUACAGUCUGCCAUGAGCUUUACAAGUUUCAAAAUGUUGACUUUUCUUGGUGGAAGGAUUGUUUUAAGAUGAGCACCCAGGGUCAGCGGUUGUCAUUUGUCCGAGAGCAACUUGACAUGAUCAAAGAGCAGACUUCAGUGGUGUGA